AACUUUUAAUAAUAAGUAGUGUACACAAAGUGAAUGUGUAUUUUAAUUCUAUAUACAUUUAAAAACAAACAACAAUUAAAAAUCUAAUAUAGAUAUUUUGUUUUAAUUAUUAAUUAAAGGAGUUUACUCGUUAAGAACGAUUGUUUUGGAACAGGUACAGGAAAAAGACUUACUAGAUUAAAAAAAAAAAACCGAUAUCAUAUUGGAGACGUUUUAAAAAAUUCUACUUUAAAUGAAUAGUAACAACAUUUGUGAUUUGAGAUAAUCGAUUGGAAAGGAUUAAUAAAAAGAACUCAAUAAAAAAUUAAACUACCAGAGAGCGCGAGUGAUUUUAAAUGUAUAUACAAUAAUCUAAAUCUACCCAAUAUGUCAAAAUAGUUCACGAGUAAUGACCACAUGAUUGGUUUACUUUUUGGAUUUCUAAUACUCGUAAGUGGUGCACGAGAAUAUAAGAAAAAAGAUUUAAUCGCUCUGAGGGAAGAGGUGCGAUCAAUGUUUGAUCAUGCAUAUUCUAGCUAUUUAUCUUAUGCAUAUCCUUACGACGAAUUAAGAUCGCUUAGCUGUGAUGGUUUUGAUACUUGGGGUAGUUUUUCAUUAACAUUGAUCGAUGCAUUAGAUACCUUAGCUGUGAUGGGAAAUUUCUCUGAGUUUUGUCGUGUCGCUGAGAUUAUAAGUGAAAGAAAAAAUUUUGAAGCUAACAUUAAUGUAUCUGUUUUUGAAACAAAUAUUCGAGUUGUCGGUGGACUGUUGAGUGCCCAUUUAUUGUCACGCAAAGCAGGUGUACCUUUAGAACCAGGAUGGCCAUGUAAUGGUCCUCUGUUACGUCUUGCUGAAGAUAUGGCCAAAAGAUUGCUUCCUGCUUUUGAUACGCCAACAGGAAUGCCAUAUGGAACUGUUAAUUUGAAGUACGGUGUUCCUGAGGGAGAAACAAGCAUUACUUGUACAGCUGGAAUAGGUACCUUUAUUUUAGAAUUUGGUACACUUUCUCGCUUAACUGGUGAUCCCAUUUACGAAGAAGUUGCUAUCAAUGCUUUGAAAGCAUUAAAUCAUUACAAAUCUAAUAUUGGAUUAGUUGGUAAUCAUAUAGAUGUGUUGACUGGUCAUUGGACAGCUCAGGAUUCUGGAAUCGGUGCAGGAAUCGAUUCAUAUUUUGAAUACUUAGCAAAAGGAACAUUAUUGUUCCAGGAUCCAUGGCUAGCUGCAAUGUUUCAUGAACAUAAAGCUGUCGUAGAAAAAUAUAUUCGCAGAGAAGAUUGGCAUUUAUGGGUUUCUAUGACGAAAGGUCAAGUUACUUUACCUGUGUUUCAAUCCUUAGAUGCUUAUUGGCCAGGUGUAUUAAGUCUGUUUGGAGAAAUUGGAGAUGCGAUGAAAUCUUUACACAAUUAUCAUCGUGUUUGGAAACAAUUUGGUUUCACUCCUGAAUUUUAUAAUAUUCCCCAAGGUGAAGCUGGAACAAACAGAGAAAGUUAUCCAUUGAGACCAGAACUUAUAGAAUCUGUGAUGUAUUUAUAUAGGGCUACUGGUGACCCAUAUCUAAUUGAAGUAGGAGUUGAUAUACUUAGAAGUCUACAACAUAGCGCCAAAACUAAAUGUGGCUAUGCAACCAUUAAUGAUGUACGUGAUCAUCGGAAAGCAGAUAGGAUGGAAUCUUUUUUUCUUGCAGAAACAACUAAAUAUCUGUACCUUCUCUUCGAUCCAGAUAAUUUCAUUCACAAUAAUGGACAAGAAGGAGAUAUAAUAAAAACGCAAUGGGGUCAUUGUAUCGUUGAUUCAGGAGGAUAUGUUUUUAAUACAGAAGCGCAUCCCAUUGAUCCUGGUGCAUUAUAUUGUUGUCGCAGGAUACAAAACAUGUUACCAGAUAAAAUAUCAACUUCAGAUAAAUUUUUUACUAAAAAUGAUCAGAAAGAAGAAUACAAUACAAAAGAUAGGAUUCAUGAAAAAGAUAAUGUACAUCAAAAUGACACGAAUAAUUUUGUAGAAAUCAUUAAAUUAUCACAAUUGAGACAUAAACUAGUAAACGAAGUUAAAAGUAAUAAAAAAUAUGAAAAUGUUGAAACAUUAUUUAUGCAAGAAAUUAUUUCUGAAAAUGUUUCAAAAAAUGAAGAUGAAACUAAUAAAAAUAAAACGCUUCAAUCAGAUUCUGCAAAGAUGCAAGUUAUGGCACCUCCAAAUGUAAUUUACAAGGCUGAUGAUAGUGAAAACACAGAUACUUUUGAGACACCCAUUACUUCAAAUGAUCAAUACGACUCUACAACUAUUCAGAAUAAUACAAAACUACCUAAACAAACAGUUAGCAAUCACAUUACAAGAUUUGAACCACAGAUUAUGUUAGAAAAUAUUAGAAGGAAAAACAUGUAUCCAACAAAUACUACAGCGAGAUCAAUGUAUCAGAUUUUGUCUUGCCAGUCGCAACCAUUCUUGCAACGAAUAUCUAUCAUAGGAGAAUUUUUUUAAUACUUAUUUAAAUAAUUUUACUCCUGUAUAACUUUUGGUCUCUAACUUUGUUCGCCUAACAAGCCUCUUUCUAUAAUUUUGUUGUUG